AUGGUGUUGUGUGUGCCAGUUCUAUUCCAUCCCAGCAAGCCGAUAUCUCGUCUCUCAGGCAUCUCGUACUUUAUCGAUCGGGACCAUCGCUUCUAUACACUUCAGGUCCCCUGGGAUGAGCAUACGGGUAUUAUCCGAUCCAAUGAUGGAGAGACUGAACAUGAUAACAAGCACCUGCUUGCAACGGCCCUCAGGGACGAGGUACAUGACGAGCCUCACCCCGAUAGACUAAGGGGCCUUGUAGUCCAUGACCGCUGCUGGCAGGUGCUUCGCAAGCACAGAAUCUGGAAACGCUCUGGGGAGGACAUUGAUCAGAUAACGCGUGCAUUGCUAAGUAGGACCGCGAGAGACUGGGAGAGGACUCCGCUGAUACCGUUGGCGCUGGACCUGAACGAGCACUGGAGGAACCCUAUAGCAUCGGAAGAGACGGAUCCGCUGCACAGCCGCUACGUACAAUACCUGAUCUGCCGGGCUCGCCGCAGGACACACAGGAGGUUCAAGGUUAUGCAAAACAGACAGAAAAACCAUCUCAAUCGUCUCCCUGGGGAAGUUCUAUUUCUGAUUGCAGACUUGCUGCAGUCUCCAGAGAUAGUGGCCGUUCAACAGGCAAUUGGGACGUACUUGGGUGACGUGUAUUGGCGCUCUCGAAUCCCCAUGGAUCUUUUCCAUGAGCUCCGGGAGCUGCUGGACCAGACUCUGGAUUGGGAGUUUCUCUGCCUGGAGCUGGAAAAAUACAAUAUUGAAUACCCAGACGACGUUGAUGAGAUCCCUGCGCCGUUUAAUCAACUACUGGGCCGGAAGUGGGUUCUAGAGCAGCUCGAUGAGAUUGAGCAUUUUGUCUCUUGA